GAGACUUGCAUAUUUUGUAUCUCCAGGGGAGAAAAUGGAUGGAAAAGCCUGAAGAUAACGAUGAGAGAUGGUUUAGAAAAGGAUUCACAGCGAAAGAAGGGGGAAAGCCAUUGAAAACAUUGAUUGUGCGAGAUGAGGAUGGAAGCACGCCGAAAAAAUCUUCUCAUUUUGAUUUUGCAUUACUUAACACAAGAAGGAUAUAUUGAUGCAGCCAAUGCUUUGGAGCAAGAAACCAAACUGGGGUUACGACGCUUUGAAGUUUGUGACAACAUUGAUCUUGAAACUAUUUUGAUGGAAUAUGAGAGUUAUUAUUUUGUAAAAUUCCAGAAAUACCCCAAAAUUGUUAAAAAGGCAUCAGAUACAGGAGAAAAUAAUUUACCACCAAGAAGUGGAGGGAAGACCAGAAGGAUGAUGAGUGACAGUUGUCAAAAUCUUCCCAAGAUCAAUCAACAGAGGCCACGAUCCAAAACCAUGGCAGGGAAGAUGGGGGACAACAAAUCUCUCAACAAGGAGCAACCAAAACAGGGCACCAAUAACACUCACAUGGAGACCCCUGACUUUGGCUUAAACAUAUCAAGAAUCCACAAAGACAGUGGAGAGGAAAGUGCCCACCCACGAAGAGGCCCAAUCAUUGACUUCCGAGGGCUUCUCACAGACGCCAUCAGAGGAGCAACUGGUGAACUUGCCUUGAACACCUUCGACUGUAACCCAGACCCCUCGGAACGAUUGCUGAAACCUCUGAGUGCAUUUAUUGGCAUGAACAGUGAGAUGCGAGAAUUGGCAGCCGUGGUGAGCCGGGACAUUUAUCUCCAUAAUCCAAACAUAAAGUGGGAUGACAUUAUUGGACUGGAUGCAGCCAAGCAGCUAGUGAAAGAAGCUGUUGUGUAUCCUAUAAGGUAUCCACAGCUAUUUACAGGAAUUCUUUCCCCCUGGAAAGGACUACUGCUUUACGGCCCUCCAGGUACAGGAAAGACCUUACUGGCCAAAGCUGUGGCCACCGAAUGUAAAACAACCUUCUUUAACAUUUCUGCAUCUACCAUUGUCAGCAAAUGGAGAGGGGAUUCCGAAAAACUUGUUCGGGUUUUAUUUGAACUUGCCCGUUAUCACGCCCCCUCCACGAUCUUCCUGGACGAGCUGGAGUCGGUGAUGAGUCAGAGAGGCAUGGCUCCUGGGGGAGAACAUGAAGGAAGCCUUCGGAUGAAGACAGAGUUACUGGUGCAGAUGGAUGGGCUGGCACGCUCAGAAGAUCUCGUGUUUGUCUUAGCAGCUUCUAACCUGCCAUGGGAGCUGGACUGUGCCAUGUUACGUCGUCUGGAGAAGAGGAUUUUGGUUGAUCUCCCCAGCCAAGAGGCCAGGCAGGCCAUGAUCCACCAUUGGCUGCCCCCCGUGAGCAAGAGCAGAGCCCUGGAGCUGCGCACAGAGCUGGAGUACAGCAAGCUGAGCCAGGAGACUGAGGGUUACUCUGGCUCAGACAUUAAGCUGGUCUGCAGGGAAGCAGCCAUGAGGCCUGUGAGGAAGAUCUUCAGUAUACUUGAAAAUCACCAUUCAGAGAGUACCCAUUUUCCUGGGAUCCAAUUGGAAACAGUGACCACUGCUGACUUUCUGGAUGUGCUGGCUCAUACCAAACCUUCAGCAAAGAACCUCACUCCGAGAUACUUGGCUUGGCAAAGAGAGUUUGAGUCUGUUUGAAACCACACUUAUCCUGACCUGGCCACAGAGGUAAUUGAAGAGGUCCUCUAGGUUAUUAAUACAAGUGGGAAAAGAACAUCAUGAUUAGAACAGAAAAGGAGAUUAUUCUUGAACACUGGAUUAAUUUGGACAACUGUUAUUGUUUUGGAAAUAUGAGACAUGUUCAUUAAUUUUUCAUCAUAGAUGUCAGCAAAGUAUUGAAGAUUUCAAUUACAUGUAUAUGUGCUAUUAGGUCAGGCAAUGGAGACUUUUCUCACAAUUAGACUCCAUAAAAUUUUGAUGAACAAUA